AAGAAGAGAGAGAGAGAGGAGAGACGGAGGCCGCUCUCUAGACAAGGAAACGAACCGCGAGGAGAGGAGAGGAGGAAGGAGGAGGAAGAGGAAGGGAGGAGAAGAUGAGAGAGAUCAUCAGCAUCCACAUCGGCCAGGCCGGGAUCCAGGUCGGCAACGCGUGCUGGGAGCUCUACUGCCUCGAGCACGGCAUCGAGCCCGAUGGCACCAUGCCCAGUGAUACAUCGGUUGGCGUCGCACACGAUGCGUUCAACACUUUCUUCAGUGAGACAGGUGCUGGCAAGCAUGUGCCCAGGGCCAUCUUUGUCGACCUGGAGCCCACUGUCAUCGAUGAGGUUCGCACCGGCUCCUACCGUCAGCUCUUCCACCCGGAGCAGCUCAUCUCUGGAAAGGAGGAUGCUGCUAACAACUUUGCCCGUGGCCAUUACACUGUUGGAAAGGAGAUCGUAGAUCUAUGCCUGGACCGUGUGCGCAAGUUGGCAGACAAUUGCACUGGGCUGCAGGGAUUCUUGGUGUUCAAUGCUGUUGGUGGUGGAACUGGAUCAGGACUUGGUUCUCUGCUGUUGGAGCGUCUCUCUGUUGAUUAUGGAAAGAAGUCCAAGCUUGGUUUCACCAUUUACCCUUCCCCCCAGGUCUCAACAGCUGUUGUAGAGCCAUACAACAGUGUCCUCUCCACCCACUCCUUGCUUGAGCACACUGACGUGGCAGUUCUCCUAGACAAUGAGGCUAUCUAUGACAUAUGCCGGAGAUCCCUUGACAUCGAGAGGCCAACCUACACAAACUUGAACAGGCUCAUCUCACAGAUCAUAUCCUCACUCACCACUUCCCUGAGGUUUGAUGGUGCUAUCAAUGUCGAUGUCACCGAGUUCCAGACCAACCUUGUCCCAUACCCUCGCAUCCAUUUCAUGCUUUCAUCUUAUGCCCCUGUUAUCUCGGCCGAGAAGGCUUACCAUGAGCAGCUUUCUGUGCCUGAAAUCACCAAUGCUGUCUUUGAGCCAUCAAGCAUGAUGGCCAAGUGUGACCCAAGGCACGGGAAGUACAUGGCUUGCUGCUUGAUGUACCGUGGUGAUGUUGUUCCCAAGGAUGUCAAUGCCGCUGUUGCAACCAUCAAGACCAAGAGAACUGUCCAGUUUGUUGACUGGUGUCCUACUGGGUUCAAGUGUGGCAUCAACUACCAGCCACCCUCUGUUGUCCCCGGAGGUGACCUGGCGAAGGUUCAGCGUGCUGUGUGCAUGAUCAGCAACAACACUGCUGUUGCUGAGGUUUUCUCGCGCAUCGACCACAAGUUCGACUUGAUGUAUGCUAAGCGCGCCUUUGUGCACUGGUACGUCGGUGAGGGAAUGGAAGAAGGUGAAUUCUCAGAAGCCCGUGAGGACUUGGCUGCUCUUGAGAAGGACUACGAGGAAGUCGGCGCCGAGGGCGCAGACGACGAGGGCGAUGACGCAGAAGACUAUUAGUAGCUGGUUAAUAAGUAGUUCUCCGGUUAAUGAUUGGCUUGUUCAGUAUACUCCGGUCCCAUUGCAUUGCAUAUUCCUGUCAUGUGUGUUUACCUUUUGUCCUGUGUUAAAACUGUUGUUAGCCCCCUGUUGGCCAUGAUUGUUCAUAUCUUCCCAUUUUGCUGUGCA